AUGGCUUCUUUAUUUAAACCACCAGAAACAACGAGAAGAAAUCCUAAAUCUCCUAAAUUAACUCUACCUCCACUAUUAAAUCACAAUAAUACUACUAAUUCCAGCAGUAAUUCAACAAACACUCUCCAACUUUCACUCAAUAUGAAUGAAACACCCAAAUCAUCUCUUCUACCAAUAUAUUCUUCAGCAUCUUCCAUUUCUUUAUCACCUUCAAUAGAUGGUCCUAAAUCAUCGACCUCGAUAAGCUCCAAUAAGAGAAGGCCAAUACCUCCUCCUUUACCACCUUCCGUUCAACGUGUAAUCACACCUACAACCAAUGCUAACAAAACACCUUUGUAUAGACCACCACCUGAAAUGACCCCUACAGAUAUAUCGCAUGCUCUAAAAGAAUUACAAAUAACCGGGCAAAACUCACGAACGUCACCCCCACUUUCAGCACAAAGUGAUCAUGAAAAUAACACACUCGAGAAAAAUAAACCAUUAUAUCAAAGGGAAGACUUGAAUGAAUCGGUAGAUUCUUAUUAUUCAACUAUAUUAUCAGUUUAUGAACAAAGCAACAGUAAUGCGGCAAGUCCCAUAAAAUCGCCAACAAAACACAUACCUACAAUAACAACUACCAGUAUUGAUACCAACCUUCAACAGACUAUUACAGAUACAACCACGGAUGAAUUACUGAUGAAUAAAGACGUUGAUCAAUUAGAUGAAGAAAUUUGGAAUUGCCCUAAUAUGAAGGAUCAAAUUAUAACGUUAGGUGUGCUUGGAGAAGGAGCAGGGGGAUCAGUUGAGAAAUGUAAAUUAAAACAUGGGUCGAAAAUUUUUGCUUUGAAAAUUGUUAAUACUUUGAAUACUGAUCCUGAAUUUCAAAAACAAAUCUUUAGAGAAUUACAAUUUAAUAAAAGUUUCAAAUCGGAUUAUAUUGUUAGAUACUAUGGGAUGUUCAAUGAUGUGAAUAGUUCAUCGAUUUAUAUUGCGAUGGAAUAUAUGAGUGGGAAAUCAUUAGAUGCUGUAUAUAAGAAUUUACUGAAUAGAGGCGGUAGAAUUGGUGAAAAAGUUCUUGGGAAAAUUGCAGAAAGUGUAUUAAGGGGAUUAUCAUAUUUACAUGAGCAAAAAGUUAUUCACAGAGACAUAAAACCACAGAAUAUUUUAUUUAAUGAGAUGGGACAAGUCAAAUUAUGCGAUUUUGGUGUCAGUGGCGAAGCCGUGAAUUCGUUAGCAACCACAUUUACGGGGACAUCAUUCUAUAUGGCUCCAGAAAGAAUUCAAGGACAGCCUUAUAGUGUUACAUGUGAUGUAUGGUCAUUAGGAUUGACCAUAUUAGAGGUAGCACAAGGUAGAUUUCCAUUUGGAUCAGAUAAAAUAACGGCAAAUAUUGCACCAAUUGAAUUGUUAGUACUGAUUUUGACAUUUAGUCCUCAAUUGAAAGACGAACCGGAAUCAAAUAUAAGUUGGAGUAAAGCUUUCAAAUCAUUUAUUCAUUAUUGUUUGAAGAAAGAACCCCAUGAACGUCCAUCACCAAGACAAAUGAUACAACAUCCUUGGAUUCAAGGUCAAAUGAAGAAAAAAGUGAACAUGGCACAUUUCAUUGAAAAAUGUUGGGAAGAAACAGCUUGA